ACUCAAGGUGUCCAUUGUGUGACAGUCUCCAACGGAGGUAAAUUUAGAUACAUACCAUUUAUCUCUUUCUGGUUCCAAAGUUUACCCAAGCGCAGAUUCUAUCUUAACGGAUUGUGUACCGGAAUAGCUCUAUGAUAUUACUGUUGAUUUUAACUUUGUUUGAACCGAAAUCGGAUGUUAAGGGUUUGAAGCUCGAUGGAUUUGCAAUAGUGAAAGAAAAUAAUAAAACUUUGAAAGCGUAUGUUACAGUACGUUCGGAGAGCGGAGUGUCACGGUGUACCAUUCGACUCGUGAGCGAGCCAGAAAAACAGUUGAAGGGCGAGCGCUUUUGCCUGUUGGAAUGCAAAGAAAAUCCCACUACAGGGCCGACCGGAGGACGAAGCUGCCCUUUCUGCCUAUAUUACUGCGUCGAAUACCUCGGCUUGCUGUGCAACGUAUACAGAGUAAAAGGUGAUAUUUUACCAUCUUCUUCUCUUUUAAAUACAAGAAACCACCUGAGUGAGAUUGAGAGGGUGAUCCCGUUACCAUGACUACAGAGGAAGACCAGUCCAAGCCUUGUAUCCUGAGUACUGUACCUCUCGCCUUUCAAUGUUCUCAUUCAUGGAAGGAUCUCAGGGAGCGAUACAAUGUCAUUCAGUGGGAAGACUUUCUCCAGGAUGAGAAUCGGUAUUUUGUGAAGAUAGACAUUAUUUUUGUAAUGAGCUGCACCGCCUUCAUCAAAGAAUCUCAACUGAAAAUGAUGAGAAAUGUAAAGCUCUUUCAGACCUGGGGAACAGGAACUGACGGCAUUGACCUUGCUUUGCUCCGGAAGUACAAGGUCAAGCUAGGAAACUCACCAGGCGCCACCGCAGAUGCUUGUGCAGAUUUCGCUAUGACCCUCCUCUUAGCGGCUGCUCGCAAGUUAACAGACAGUAUUGCCUCUGUAAAGAGUGACCUUCCCGAUUCCGACCAAUACUGGGAUAGUGUAAUAGCGCUGACUGGCAAGGGGGUGUCUGGAUCCAGUCUUGGUAUCUUCGGCAUGGGGGAGAUUGGUUACGAGGUAGCCAAGAGAGCCAGAGGGUUUCGAAUGAAAAUAUUCUAUCAUAAUCGCAAUCAGAGAUCGAAGGAAGACGAGGAAGAAGUUCAAGCAAUUUAUUGUUGUUCUCUUGAAGCCCUUUUGCCACAAGUUGAUUUCCUCGUCAUCACAGCCCCACUUACUCCCGACACGAGGCAUUCCUUGAACAGAGACACCCUUAAACUCAUGAAACCAGAUGCGAUCGUUGUUAACAUCGCAAGAGGCGGUGUAGUCAAUCACGACGACCUCGUGGAUGCUCUCAGGAACAAAACCAUUGGUGGUGCUGUCUUAGACGUCACAGAACCAGAGCCUCUACCUCAUGACCACGCCCUCCUAGCCAUGCACAACGUCAUCGUCACGCCCCACAUCAGUUCCUGCACGAAUGAAGCACUAGACGCUAUGACGAAGAGGGCAGUCGACAACAUUGAUGCUGCCAUGUCAGGCAAAGAACUCAUGUAUGAAGUGUCAUGAGGAUAUAUUUGUUGUCAGUCCAUUAUGGGGACCGUUUCAACACGAACAAAAAUGGCUUUCAUGGCAUGUAUCAAACACAUUACGUCAUUGAUGAAUGCAUGGUGCGAGAGACCAGGGGGGCGUUUCAUCAACAUUUUCGUCCGACAAGUUGUCAGAUCUGACAUCUUUCUCUGAUGUUGAUUGGCUGAGAGGUACUGUUACUAUGGUAACUGUCGGAUAAAAUGGGACUUGUCGGAUAAAACGUCCGACAAGUCCUUUCAUGAAACGCCCCCCAGGAUGAUCACCAUUUUGUCCUACAACUUGUCAGAUCUGACAACUUUCCUUGAUUUUUAUUGGCUGAGAAGUACACUUUCUGUGGUAACCGUCGGAUAACACGCCCAGCACGUACUUUAAUGAAACGCGCCCGGAACAUGAUCAUCUGGGCUGGUCGCAGAAAGAGUUUCAAUCAAACACAACUGGAUUUUCAACCAAUGAAACGCGCGCAUAAGGGAUUUUUUAGUUGCGUCAAUCCCAGGGCACAUAUGCGAUUCGAUACCACGCGAUUUUUCUAAUCGCAUUUUGCAUUAAAUAUGAAAGUUCCAAGAAGGACAAUCAUAUUAUUUGAAGAUUGGCAUAAUGCUAUGAAUAAUUUUGCUUUGCGGCAAGCCCUGUGGUCGGAGUAAAUUCCAAAUCGGCUUUAAAUCGCAGCCGAUGAUGUAAUUACGAUUUUGAAUUGAAUUUGCUUAUAUUCUUAUAUGGAGGCUCGAACUAUACUGAAUUUUAAAUUUCAGUAGUCCUAGCAUUAUUUUAAACUCUUAUUGCUAAGAUUGUAUUGGUUGGAAUUUUCAUAUCAAAUGUUAUCAUUGAAAUUCGGAUCGCAACGAAUCGUAUAGUUUGCCGGGCUUUAAAAGCAAUUCUUUCUGCAACAGGCCACAAGGACCCUUUACAAAACGACUUACAAGUGUGGCAUCAUGGCAACUUUGAGUUUGAUUGAGCUGCUUUAGUCCUUUUGGUAGUUACCAUAAUGUUAAUUUACCAUAAUCGUAAGUCUGUUAUGAAACGAAUCCCUCAUCAGUGAUGAGGCUGAUGAUCAUAAACGCAUAUAUCUACAUAAACAAUAAUUUGAUUUUCUUGCCCUUAUUUUAAACUCGAGUUUAUUUAAAUGCCAGGGGAGUGUUUCAUAAACAUUUUUGUCUGACAACUUUUCAGAUCUGACAGCUUUCUUUGAUUUCGACUGACUGAGAAGCACUGUUACUAUGGUAACUAUCAGAUCAUCAGAUAAACCGUCUAACAAGUCAUUUAUAAAUGAAACGCUCCCCUGGUUUAAAGUUGUACUUUUAUUGUGGAUAAAAUCUCAAACAGUAUUAGUUCAAUAAAUUAAUCAGCUCACUAUCACACUCAAAUCAUUUAUAAUUGUCAAAAACUAAUCAAUAAAACUGCUUUAUUAUAAUGCACCACUAAUGAAUGAGGAAAGAGCGAUAUAAUCAUAAGAAACAAACGAUGUAAGCAAACUGAUUUUAGCGCAGAGUGAAACCAGAAUUCAGAAUAUACUAUGUACACGGGCAUAUAAAUCUACAAUACUAUUCCAGUGACAGUCAUCCUUUGUAUACCUGCUGCAUCGGGUAUUCCAAGAGUUCGGAUGUGCAUGCACAAACUAUAGUGUUCGAAGUAAAGAUAGUGUAUUUUAAAGACGACUCGGCGAUUUAUAAUGAUUUAUAGGUCGGCGAACAAAGCCAGGUCAUGAAGGUAUUUGUAAUUUGGAAUGGCGCGGUUGAUACAUCACAAUGGCGCGCCAGACUGUAUGGUUUAUGCGCACAAUGACAAUAAUUGGUCUUGGCUUUCAACGGAGAUGAUAUGAACGUCCAAAAUAUUCGCUUGUAAUUUUUCUUACGACCUUGCGUUUUGGAGACGUCGUAAUUUAUGAUGGGGGUACCUAAAGCUACGCACUUUGUUUUCAAACAAUAAAAACUAUCCCAAUUCUAAUAUUUCAACAAAUCAUCUUUCACUAAUUUGUGGCAAACAUUCUAAAGAUUGUUAACCAAGAAGAAAAUAUCGCAAAACUCACUAAUACGAAAAUCCCGCCGUGUUUUCCGAACACCUCUUGAUUUCGCCGCCCGAUGUAGAAGGGGUCCUAAAGCUACGCACUCGAUUUAUCAUGAAAAAAAAUAGUAUUUCCUGUGCCUCAAUUUCUAAAAUAUAUUCAAAUUAUUAUAGGAUAAAUGAAAUCAAAGCGAAUAUAACUCCAAAAUUCCAAACAUUUGUUGGUUUUCUCUGCAUUUACAGAUUUACUGCAGCCUCUGUAAAUAAAAUUGAAUAGGAAUCGUUCGUCACUCUGCAGUACAGUCACAGUUCCACACACAGAGUGCGCAUUUGCCAUAAAAACUGCAUGCGCGAUGAGUUAUGGGAUUUGACAAUGUGCCAUCAAUAUCAACUUGCGAAGUCCUUCCAGACAGGUAUGAUUGGAACCAGGAUAAGACCUAAUGCCUAUUCUAUUGAAUAACCGAGAUAUGAAAAUGUUAUGAUCUAUUGUAUCAAACGCGGCAGAUAAAUCUAAAAGCACCAUAAAAACUACAUUAUUUGAGUCAAGAGAAAACAUGAUGUCAUUUUUUACUUUGAUCAGAGCUGACUCAGUGCUGUGACCUGGCCUAUAGGCAGAUUGGAGAGGAUCAAAAAUAUUAUUAGAUUCAAUAUGAUCAGCUAGUUGAGUACAUGCCGCCUUCUCGAUGAGUUUACCUAGAAAUGUUAAGUUUGAGACCGGUCUAUAAUUACUGAUGUCAUUUACAUCCAACUAAAGACGGUGUUCCUGUAGCACACCAAUCGUCCCACACCAGUGUUAAAUUCAUCAUGGUGUUAGUUCAACCGCUGUUAUUAACACACAUUCAUGACUUUCUGUUCGGUUUGUUUGUUUUUACAGUAUUCGGUCAAACGUCAUGGAGUAUUUCAGCAAAUACGUGUGUGAUAGACGUACAUUCAUAACACCGACUGCAUGGUGUUGCACUCAACACUAGGUGUACAGUGUAAUCGGGGCCUUGUAGGAGCACUUUCAGGAUUUUCCUAAUGUAGGCAACGGAAAAUUAAGUGUUUUUUAUAGGCUAUGACCACCAAACAGGAAACAUUUGCCACAACCGGGUCUGCGCCUGUUCAUGGGUACGAUUAUAUAAAUUUGUUAAUUUUCAACGUUUUUCAAUUAAUGGCGUUCUAAUAAUUAUACUGAUCAUAUGUUCUAGUAUAGCUGGACUUUCAUUUGUUUGAAAUUAUACAAUUUUCCAUAUUUUUCGA